GGGCAAAAGUAUCCCAUGGCGCAACCAGAGUCACACAGCACAUCCCAAAAAGAUCCACCCAAGUGUACGACGAAAGCUUAUCGUGGUCGCCUCCCUCAUCCCGCGCUGGAACUGCGAAAUCCAUCCCGGCCAAUGAGAGCCCGAGCCGCGGCACACGCAAUCCGAACGCACCCCCCACAACUCAAUCGGCGCGGAUACUCGCUCGCCCACUCCCUCGUUGUUCCUGUCGCGGACACGCGUCUCGGAGUCGACCACCAGAGGCGCCACAGCGACCGCCCCAAUUCUCCUCCACAUAACCCACUCCCGCCGCAGAGUAUAACGUCGCGGGCGGUCCCUUCGUCUCCCUGCUUGCUUCGGUGGGAAGGCAGAGAACACCACCAGACCAUCUCCAUCCGUCCUCGCCUGCUACCCAAAGGGUUUCACGGAUCAAUUCGCUACUCGAUGUCGUCCCUGGUGACAACCCCCUUCUCCACCCUACGCAAUUCAGCAGCAACGAGAUCGGACGGCAUCUCCUCGGUCGUCCAGAAGAAUGUCUUCCUCCACUCCUUCCUUCCCAGGAGGAAGCAGCUCGGCCACGCCUCCCGCGGCCGGCGGAGCUUCGGAGUGAGCUGCGCCGCCGUCGGCAACGGCCUCUUCACCCAGACGAACCCCGAGGUCCGCCGCAUCCUCCCGGACUCCAACCCGGGCCUCCCCAGGGUGAAGGUCGUCUACGUUGUCCUGGAGGCCCAGUACCAGUCGUCGCUGUCGGCCGCCGUCAGGUCCCUCAACAGCAGCCGCCAGCACGCGUCGUUCGAGGUGGUGGGUUACCUGGUGGAGGAGUUGCGGGAUGAGGAGACCUACCAGACCUUCUGCAAGGACCUCGAGGACGCCAACAUCUUCAUCGGCUCGCUCAUCUUCGUGGAGGAGCUGGCGCUCAAGGUGAAGGACGCGGUGGAGAAGCAGAGGGAUCGGAUGGACGCCGUCCUCGUCUUCCCCUCCAUGCCGGAGGUCAUGCGGCUGAACAAGCUGGGCACCUUCAGCAUGUCGCAGCUGGGCCAGUCGAAGAGCCCCUUCUUCCAGCUCUUCAAGAGAAAGAAGCAGUCAGCCGGGUUCGCGGAGAGCAUGCUCAAGCUGGUCCGGACGCUGCCCAAGGUUCUCAAGUACUUGCCGAGCGACAAGGCUCAGGAUGCACGGCUUUACAUUCUCAGUCUGCAGUUCUGGCUCGGAGGAUCGCCGGAAAAUCUCCAGAACUUCCUCAAGAUGAUCGCCGGCUCGUACGUGCCGGCGCUUAAGGGCACCAAGAUCGAGUACGCCGACCCCGUCCUCUUCUUGGACAGUGGCAUAUGGCACCCGCUGGCUCCGGCAAUGUACGACGACGCGAAGGAGUACUUGAACUGGUACGGGACAAGAAGAGACGCCAACGAGAGGCUCAAGGAUCCCAACGCGCCAGUGAUUGGGCUGGUCCUUCAGAGGAGUCACAUCGUCACCGGCGACGACGGGCACUACGUGGCGGUGAUCAUGGAGCUGGAGGCCAGAGGUGCUAAAGUGAUACCAAUCUUCGCCGGCGGGCUGGAUUUCUCAGGGCCUACGGAGAGGUACCUGAUCGACCCGAUCACCAACAAGCCGUUCGUCAACGCCGUGGUGUCCCUGACCGGGUUCGCCCUCGUGGGCGGCCCAGCGAGGCAAGACCAUCCGAGGGCCAUCGAGGCACUGAGGAAGCUCGAUGUCCCGUACAUUGUGGCGCUUCCCCUGGUGUUCCAGACCACCGAAGAGUGGCUCAACAGCACCCUGGGUCUGCACCCGAUUCAGGUGGCGCUGCAGGUGGCCCUCCCGGAGCUCGACGGCGGCAUGGAACCCAUCGUCUUCUCAGGCCGGGAUGCAAGAACAGGGAAGUCGCAUGCGUUGCAUAAGAGGGUGGAGCAGCUGUGUACAAGGGCCAUCAGGUGGGCUGAGCUAAAGAGGAAAUCUAAGGAGGAGAAGAGACUGGCAAUUACUGUUUUCAGCUUCCCACCAGACAAGGGCAACGUUGGGACAGCAGCAUAUCUCAAUGUCUUCUCCUCCAUCUUCUCUGUGCUCAAGGGUCUCAAGAAAGAUGGUUACGAUGUCGAUGGCCUACCUGAUACAACUGAAGCCUUGAUCGAAGAUGUCAUCCAUGACAAGGAGGCCAAGUUCAGCAGCCCCAACCUUAACAUCGCUCACAAGAUGACCGUGCGAGAAUACCAAGCCCUCACUCCCUACGCCUCCGCCUUGGAGGAGAGCUGGGGGAAGCCCCCUGGCAAUCUCAAUUCUGACGGCGAGCAUCUCCUGGUCUAUGGCAAGCAGUACGGCAACGUCUUCAUCGGGGUGCAGCCGACGUUUGGUUACGAGGGCGACCCCAUGCGCCUCCUCUUCUCCAAGUCCGCCAGCCCUCACCAUGGCUUCGCAGCCUACUAUUCCUUCGUGGAGAAGAUCUUCAAGGCGGAUGCUGUUCUCCACUUCGGCACUCAUGGUUCCCUCGAGUUCAUGCCCGGGAAGCAAGUCGGCAUGAGCGACGUGUGCUACCCCGACAGCCUCAUCGGCAACAUCCCUAACAUCUACUACUAUGCGGCUAACAACCCAUCCGAGGCCACCAUCGCCAAGCGUCGAAGCUAUGCCAACACCAUCAGCUACCUGACACCACCUGCGGAGAACGCCGGGCUCUACAAGGGGCUCAAACAGCUCGCGGAGCUCAUCUCGUCCUACCAGUCCCUCAAGGACACCGGGCGCGGCCCUCAGAUCGUGAGCUCCAUAAUCAGCACCGCCAAGCAGUGCAACCUUGACAAGGAUGUGGCUCUGCCGGAAGAAGGGGAGGAGAUCUCCGCCAAAGAGAGGGACCUCGUGGUGGGCAAGGUGUACUCCAAGAUCAUGGAGAUAGAAUCUCGAUUGCUGCCAUGCGGGCUCCACGUGAUCGGUGAGCCUCCCUCGGCCAUGGAGGCGGUGGCCACACUGGUGAACAUCGCAGCGCUCGACCGCCCCGAGGAUGGCAUAUACUCGCUGCCCGGCAUACUGGCGGAGACCGUGGGGAGGAACAUCGAGGACGUCUACAGAGGAAGCGACAAAGGGAUACUGGCCGAUGUGGAGCUCCUCCGGCAGAUAACAGAGGCGUCGCGCGGCGCGAUCUCGGCCUUCGUGGACCGGACGACGAACAAGAGAGGGCAAGUGGUGGACGUGGCCGAGAAGCUGACGUCGGUGCUCGGCUUCGGGCUGGUGGAGCCGUGGAUGCAGUACCUGUCCAAGACCAAGUUCAUAAGAGCGGACAGGGAGAAGCUUCGGACCCUGUUCCAGUUCUUGGGGGAGUGCUUGAAGCUUGUCGUGGCCGACAACGAGUUGGCGAGCUUGAAGCAAGCUCUCGAAGGCAGCUACGUCGAACCUGGGCCUGGCGGCGACCCCAUCAGGAACCCGAAGGUGCUGCCGACCGGAAAGAACAUCCAUGCUCUGGACCCGCAGGCCAUCCCGACGGCCGCAGCCUUGCAGAGCGCCAAGGUGGUGGUGGACCGGCUGCUGGAGAGGCAGAAGGCGGACAACGGGGGGAAGUACCCCGAGACCGUGGCGCUUGUGCUGUGGGGCACGGAUAACAUCAAGACUUACGGGGAGUCGCUGGCUCAAGUGCUCUGGAUGAUCGGUGUGAGGCCGGUCGCCGACACCUUCGGCCGCGUGAACCGCGUGGAGCCAGUCAGCCUGGAGGAGCUUGGCAGGCCGAGGGUGGACGUCGUCGUCAAUUGCUCCGGCGUCUUCCGUGACCUCUUCAUCAACCAGAUGAAUCUCCUGGACCGGGCGGUGAAGAUGGUGGCGGAGUUGGACGAGCCAGAGGAACAGAACUACGUCAGGAAGCACGCGCUGCAGCAAGCUUCGGAGCUGGGCGUGCCGGUGCGGGAGGCGGCCACCAGGGUCUUCUCCAACGCCUCCGGGUCCUACUCCUCCAACGUCAACCUGGCGGUGGAGAACUCAUCGUGGAACGACGAGCAGCAGCUGCAGGACAUGUACCUGAGCCGCAAGUCCUUCGCGUUCGACUGCGACGCGCCGGGCGCGGGCAUGACGGAGAAGCGCAAGGCGUUCGAGAUGGCGCUGAGCACGGCGGACGCCACCUUCCAGAACCUGGACUCCUCCGAGAUCUCGCUCACGGACGUGAGCCACUACUUCGACUCGGACCCCACGAACCUGGUGCAGUCGCUGCGCAAGGACGGGAGGAAGCCCAGCGCGUACAUCGCGGACACCACGACGGCGAAUGCGCAGGUGCGGACGCUGGCGGAGACGGUGCGCCUGGACGCGCGGACGAAGCUGCUCAACCCCAAGUGGUACGAGGGGAUGAUGUCGAGCGGGUACGAGGGGGUGCGGGAGAUCGAGAAGCGGCUGACGAACACGGUGGGGUGGAGCGCCACCUCAGGGCAGGUGGACAACUGGGUAUACGAGGAGGCCAACACCACCUUCAUAAACGACGAGGAGAUGCGGCGCCGGCUCAUGGAGACCAACCCCAACUCCUUCCGCAAGCUGGUGCAGACAUUCCUAGAGGCCAGCGGCCGCGGCUACUGGGAGACAUCGGAAGACAACAUCGAGCGCUUGCGGCAGCUGUACUCGGAGAUUGAGGACAAGAUCGAAGGCAUCGAGCGGUGAACGCUUGCAGCUUCCUCCCUCCUUUCCUCGGCCAUCUCCGUUGCCGUUUCAUCACCAUCUGAUCUGUAGCAUUCCUACACGUAAUUUGUAAGCUCUGUUGAGCCCUUCCGCAGGGGAAGUCUCCAUCGCCAUGCUUGUGUGUAAUUGCAACUCUCCUCCCACAUUGCCUAUUUAUGAUGAUGUCCAUAAGCGUAAUCUUAAAUGGAUUGGUGCGAGGGGUAUACUA